GGCCAAGUUAGGAUACUGAGUUCCUAGCUAAGGCCCAGGAUCCUAACAUAAUCAGCCUUGAAUCCUGUUUCUAAGUACUCUGCAAUCCCCAGCCCUUGGGGCCAGGGAAAGCAAUUUUAUUGCCCAGGAGUUUAUGAGCCAGAGCGUAUGCGGGGAGCCAAGCAGCCAGCAGAAUCCAGUAAAGAAAGCCCAGUUUGAAUGUGCACAGAGCUAUACCUCAAAGCCAGAAGCCACCGGCUUCUCUCCAAGAUACAGAAGAACUAAGGUUGCCAGGACACCUACGGGCUCCAGACUCACCGCGGCCCUUGGAGGGAGGUGGGGGUGCAGAAGGAGGGGACAUGGGACUCCAACCCAGCUCUAGGGGGCGGAUCCGAGGCAGGGGGCCCAGAUCGGAAGCUGAGCACUGGGGGCCGAGGAGGUUGUGGAGCCAAGAGCAGCGGGAGGCGGGACUGUUACAACCCGGCUUGCCAUGAACUCUGGACGCCAACGCCGGACACCCUUCAGCAUCGCAGACAUCCUAGGCCCGAGCAUGGUUCCCCGAGCACCUUCUGCGCCACAGCUUCCCGAGGCCAGUCCUGAUCCCGCGUCGCCACUGUACGCGCUGGAGGAGCUGACGAGUAAAACGUUCCUGGGCCGUGACCCGCGCGCUCUGCAGCCUUCUGAAGGCAGAGGCGCCCCAGAGGCGCCGCCAGGUCCUGGCGCUGGUGUCCGGAGACGCCGCAAGUCGCGGACAGCGUUCACUGCCCAGCAGGUGCUGGAGCUGGAGCGGCGAUUCGUCUUCCAGAAGUACUUGGCACCCUCAGAGCGCGAUGGACUGGCCGCGCGGCUGGGCCUGGCCAAUGCGCAAGUGGUCACUUGGUUCCAGAACCGUCGCGCCAAGCUCAAGCGAGAUGUGGAGGAGAUGCGCGCGGACGUGGCCUCCCUAUGCGCGUUGUCUCCGGGAGUCCUGUGCCACCUGGCACUGCCAGACAGCGCUUCUAGCCCUGACCCUGGCCCUACAGGGCCUGACUCUGAGCCCCACUUAUCAGAUGAAGAGAUACAGGUGGACGAUUGAAAGCAGGGCUUCUGCCAGCCCUGGGUGCCAGGGCCCUGGACUCCUCACCUCUGCUAGGGGCCUUGUCUGGGUUCCCGGGUGGAGGGGAGAG